CGUAGAUUUGCUCCAUUCAGUAAGUCGUUGUACGCCGAGCCGAAAAGUCGUGUUACGCCUCGCGUUCCGUCCUUUGCGCGUGUAGGAUUACGUUUGGUUUGGAGCCACCACGACCCCCUCCUGCCCUCCCCACACUAUUUUUUUGUUUUUAUACGGAGAAUAAAUAGUUCGUUCUUUGUUCGCGUUCAAAGAGGUGUGGUGAAGCAUCCCAGAGUUCAGUGCUACUGAUUUCCGCCCACAAGUGAAUAGCAAUCUCUGUAUGUGUGUGUGAGUGUGCACGGGGCUGCAAAUGCCAGAAGAUGCUCGUCGAAAUGUUGUAAAAAUAGCGAAUCUGAAGCGAUAUCUGAAGAGAGCGAGCCGUUCGAUUGAAUUAUUGGGUGCUGCGCUGAGGCGCAUACUUGCAAAAACCAAAGUGAAGAACCGGGUGCCGGGGUUCAGCAAUAAUGGUGGACGGAGUAGUGGCAGUGGUGCUGGCAGUGCUGUCCAUUUCCGCCGUAGUGUGCUUCAACUUUGAAACGCGACUUCCCAUCGUCAAGUAUGGAGCGACCAACACCUACUUUGGAUAUUCGGUAGCGUCCCAUACCGAAAAACUACGCAACGGUGACAAAAAUAGCUGGAUCCUCGUCGGUGCUCCCCUGGGUCAGAACCUGCAGCCUUCGUCCAAUCGAUCAGGAUCCUUAUUCAAAUGUCCAAUCACGCAAUUGAGCAACGAUUGCGAACAGCUUAAAACAGACGGUCGAAGAAAGCCUUCUGGUAUUUACGAAACUGACGACGAGGAGGAGGAUGAGCUUCUACCACCGACCAGUGAUGAGCUUAAAACCAAUCAAUGGUUAGGCGUCACGGUCAACUCCGGAGGAAAGGAAAAUAAAAUCUUCGUAUGCGCCCACCGAUACAUGAAAGUCCAAUCCAAGGGACAAUCGAAAGAGAGCGGUCUUCACCUGGGCCAAGGCCUGUGCUACGUGCUGAACAACGACUUUACGUUCGGAUUCGCGGUAGAAGUGUGUCUUGGCCGAUCAACAGAGCGUGAGCACGAACAGUACGCCUUUUGCCAGUCCGGAACGUCGGGCAUGAUUCUGGACGAUGGGACGGCCGUGAUCGGAACACCCGGGGUGAUGACCUGGAAGGGAACGGUGUUUGCGGUGGAGGUCGAUGGGGAGUUUUUGUCCAGAGAUAAGACGCAAUACUACGGGCCGCACGACAAUGCGGACUCGCCGGUUCCGAACUACAGCUAUUUGGGUAUGGCCGUAACGGGAGGAAAGUUCUUUGGCGAUUACAUGUCCUACGCGGGAGGUGCUCCGCGAGCCCGAGGCAACGGUCAAGUGAUCAUCUUUUCCAACAAGAACAAGCGGAAUCCGAUCUUCAAAGAACGUGAGCUGCGAGGAGAGCAGUUUGGCUCCAGCUUCGGUUACGUGCUGGCAACGGCCGACGUGAAUGGUGAUCAUGCCCCAGAUCUCCUAGUAUCGGCGCCAUUUUACUUUUCAAAGUCUGAGGGAGGAGCCGUUUAUGUGUACCAGAACCGGAACAACAACUUCACUGAUAAUUACACGACAAAGCUGACUGGUAAGCUCGAGUCGAGGUUCGGCAUGGCACUCGCAAAUCUCGGCGAUAUCAACAAGGACGGUUGUGAGGAUAUAGCGAUCGGUGCUCCGUACGAGGGCAAUGGCGUGGUCUACAUCUACCUCGGAACGCCGAAUGGAUUGUCUACGGCUCCGUCGCAGGUCAUAACUGCAUCUGGGUUGGGAUUGAAUGUGCCAGCGCUAAAGACGUUUGGAGGUGCCCUUUCCGGGGGUGUUGAUCUAGACAACAAUACUUAUCCCGAUUUGGUCAUUGGAGCAUAUGAUUCGGCCGCUGUAACGACGUUAUUGGCGCGGCCCAUUACCAACAUCAAGACCUCAGUUAUUGGAUUAGAGCUACAGAACAUCGAUCCGACCAAGAAGGGUUGUCCAGCUGAUCCUGGCGCCAAUGCGACAUGCUUCUCCUUCCAAGCCUGCUGUUCCAUCGAGCCAUACGAAGAGUCCGGCCACUCGAGCAGUCAAUCUCAGCACCUGAACCUGAUCUACACGAUCGAGGCGGAAACGUACUUGAAGAAGUUUUCACGCGUCUACUUCGGCCCAGACCGGGGAACCCGCUCCAACAUCUUGCGCAAACAGAUCAGCGUGAUCACCGAUGGUCGCCAGGAGUGUCGGAAGGAGAUCGUCUACAUCAAGGACAACACCCGGGACAUCCAGAAUCCCAUCCGAUUCCGACUGAAUUACACCAUCUUGGACAAUACACUGCCCGAGUCCGCCCUGGACACACUCGAUCCUAUCCUGGAUCAGACGCAAGCUGUGCGGACGUUUGAAGCGACCUUCCAGAAGGACUGCGGAAACGAUGGCAUCUGUCAAUCGAAGAUCGACAUGAACGCUAAGCUUUCAUUGGAGAAGCAGGCAGACAACUCCUACUCGCUAGUUCUGGGACGCGAUCGCGCCAUCCAACUGAACGUUAGCGUGUCCAAUUUAGCCGACUCAGCGUAUGAAACUCACUUAUUUGUGAAACAUGACCCCAGCAUAUCAUACAGUGGAACCAAGAGCCUCUACACGUGCAACCAGUUCAACGCCACCCUCGUGGACUGCAAUCUGGGAAAUCCGAUGCGGCGAAAUGCCGAGGCGAAGCUUUCGCUGCGCUUCGAUCCGCAACGGGUGGACGAUCUGGUGUCGCGGCUGUCGUUCCAGGUGUUUGUCAACACGACCUCGACGUUGCUCGAGGGCACCCGGCAAAGCGCCACGUUGGCGGUGAACGUGAUCAAGCGCGCCAAAAUUAGCAUUUCGGGAGCUGCCCAUCCUGAACAAACUUUCUACGGUGGAGAUGUGAAAGGAGAAAGUGCGAUGGAAACCGUGGAGGACAUCGGCACAGCCGUGCAGCACAUUUAUUUGAUCUACAACGAUGGACCGUGGCGAGCCCCCAAGGUUCAGGUCAACAUUCAGUGGCCACACCAGGUCGCCAACGACAAACCCCAGGGAAAGUGGUUGCUCUAUUUGACGGAUAUUCCGACGGUUGAUGCCACCAACGGCGGUGACUGCGUCGUCGAACCCCCCAAGUCGAUCAACCCGUUGGGGCUGAAAAAGACCUCCGUCCUCAACGAGCUGGUCCAGAUGGACCGGUACACCCAGCGAGCGCACAACAAAUCGCUCACGUUUGCGGCGGAAAAAUCCGAGCGGAUUUCCUUCGCCAAACAAAGCACCUACUCGUCGUCUUCCGAGUCGACGAGCACGCUGAACCGAGUCCGGCGCGAUCGCUCCAUGAUCAUUCGCGCGGAACGGCUCACGGACAAGGACGGCAAGCAGACCGAAAUUGUCCACAUGGACUGCAAGCGUAACACUGCCAAGUGUAUAUCUAUUGUCUGUAACGUGUACGACGUUCAGCCCAAGGCGCAGGUGCUGAUCAACGUCACUGCCAGGUUGUGGAACUCCACGCUGGUGUCGGACUAUCCCAGCGUGGAUCUGGUGAAGAUUGCGUCGAUAGCCCGGAUCAAGGUGUUUGAAGUGGAGCAAGAACAUCCGGUGGACACCGUUGUGGUGGAAACGCUUGCGUAUCCGGAGCUGCUGGACCAGGUGGGCGACGGAUGGAUCCCGAUCUGGCUAAUUAUAGUAGCGAUCGUGGGCGGCCUGCUUGCGCUGGCGCUGCUCACCUACAUUCUGUGGAAGUGUGGAUUCUUCAAGCGGCGAAGGCCGGAUCCAACGUUAAGCGGGAACUUGGAGAAAAAUAGCGAAAGCAAACCGUUCCUUUAACAAUCUACUAUAGGGACGUGUUCCUAAGGAUGUCCACUUCAAAAGUGAUAUAUAAUUUAAAGUUUCCUGUUUCCUGUUCUUCCCUCCCGCGUUCACAAAAAUACCACCACCCCUUGCACGAAUUGUAAAUUUACUACCAUCCAUUAGAUCAUAGGUUAAGAGAUAGACUAGUUUAAGAAGGAGCUGUUGCAGCAAUUUCUGCGAAGUUUAUUUGUUUAGGAAAUGUUUAGUUAAUUUAAAAAAAGAUAAUUUAACAUACGUUCUCAACUGUUACGAAUUUAGAGUUCUUCCACGAUUUAUUUGAAUCAGAUAUCGUCAAGCAUAAUCCGGGAGAUG